AUGGAUAAAAGAAAUGAGACUUUGAAUGUGGAUUUCAUCCUCUUAGGCCUCUUUCCUGGUAAGAAAAAUGUCGAUUUCCUUGUCUGCACCAUCCUCCUGAUCUACACUGUGGCUCUCACUGCAAACUCCAUCCUCAUUCUCUUGAUCUGGGUGGAUUCUCACCUCCACACACCCAUGUACUUCCUGUUUAGCCAGCUGGCCGUCAUGGACCUGACAUUAAUCUCUAGCACUGUACCCAAGAUGGCAACUGACUUCUUUUCAGGAGGGAGAAACAUAUCACGGAUGGCCUGUGGGACUCAGAUCUUCUUCUUUCUGACACUAGGAAUUGCUGAGUGCAUUCUCAUAACUCUCAUGUCCUAUGAUUGGUAUGUGGCCAUCUGCAACCCUCUGAGAUAUGCUCUCAUCAUGAACCAGAGAGUCUGUCUGCAGAUGGCUGCCUUCUCCUGGGUAGGGGGUGCCCUUACGUCAUUGGCACACACAGCCUAUGCCAUGCAUCUUCCCACCUGUGGUUCUAGAGAGAUUUCUCAUUUUCUCUGUGAGGUCAUGGCCAUUCUAAAGUUGGCCUGUGAGGAUACCUCCCCCUAUGAGAAGGCUGUGGUGGUGACAAGCAUUGUGGUACUCCUCAUUCCCUUGUCCCUCAUCCUGUCCUCUUAUGCUCUUAUCUUCUGUGCUGUCAUUCAUAUGAAUUCCCCUGAGGGCAGGAACAAAGCCCUGGCCACCUGUUCCUCCCACCUGACUGUUGUGAGCCUCUACUUUGGUCCAGCCAU